AGAAUGUUGAUGAUCGAAUGUGGGAAAGAUUGUCCACUGGAAGCUAAUUGUGCAAAUAAAAGGUUUCAGAAUAAAGAGAACGCACCGAUAGAAGUAUUCAGAACAGAUUGGAAAGGAUUUGGUGUUAGAGCCACCAAACAUAUUCAAAAGGAUACGUUUAUAAUGGAAUAUGUUGGAGAAGCGCUGGAUCAUAAACAAUUCAGACGCCGUGCAAAACAAUAUUCAAGAAACAAUGUGGAACAUUUCUAUUUUAUGGCGCUAUCUAAAGAUUGUUAUGUUGAUGCAACAAAUAAGGGAAAUAUUUCAAGGUUUAUUAACCAUAGCUGUGAUCCGAACUCGGUUACCCAGAAGUGGAUGGUCAACGGAGAGAAUAGAGUUGGAUUCUUUACAAAGCGUGAUGUUGAGCCCGGAGAAGAAUUAAACUUUGAUUAUAAAUAUGAGAGAUACGGACAGGCUGCUCAGAAGUGUUACUGCGGAACCUCUAUAUGUCGAGGAUGGUUGGGUCGAGAACCAGCCUCAGACUCUGGUAUAGAGGAGAUAGAGGAGUGGACAACCUCGGAGGAGGAGGACGAGGAACCUCAGAAGGAUGAUAUCCGGAGUUUGAAGGAGGAGAGACGGCGGGUUGAGAAGAAGGAGAAAAGAAGGAAGAGGGAGAAGGAGAGAGCGAGGUGGAGAGAAGAAGAGGAGUGGGAGGAGGAGAUACAACGCCUUUCCUCUUCAGGGAUUAAGAAUAGGAUUCAGACCAUUCAUCUUUGCAGGUUAAUGGUUAGAGCUGGUCAGGUUGAGAGUAGGUUGAGAUUACUCCAGCUGAUCUCUACAGCAGAUAAACCUUGUAAAAGACUAUUUCUUGACUACCAAGGCCUCAGGAUACUCUCACAAUGGAUGCAGGAUUUGGAAUGGAGUUUACAAGAUCUUAAUUUUAAAAUUGAAAUUGAAAAACUUCUGAAAGAACUUCCAAUUCCUCACAGAACGAUGUUGAAGGACAGUAAGGUGUUCUCUUCAAUGGAGGUUUGGUCUGUAGCAACCCCUGUCAAUCCAAACCCAAUUAUCAGCUCAGGGAACAAAAAUAAACCUAACUCUGCAGACCUCUCAUCCAGAUCUGAAUCUCCCAGUUUAUCCGGCACAGCUGCCUCCCAUCCCCUAGCCUCCACCUCUAGUGAGAGUGCGCCUCAAUCAAGCAAUAGUUCUCCUAUACCUCCUAGUUCCAUACAGAGUAUUGAUAUGGAGAUAGAUACUUCUAGUCCUAUACAGACUUCCAGGUACAUAGAGGAGGAGGAGGAUUUGUACCCACCCGGAGAAGAACCUAACCGGGAUACAGAUAUAACAGAUACGAUAGCUGAUCCUGAUAUUGUAACAGUUCCAGACUGUGAAGAUACAGAUGAUGAUAUUCAGGUUGUAGAAGAAAUAGGUAACCCGCGUUCUUCUAGUUCCAGAUCCAGCUUGAACAAUAUGAAACUUAAGGUUGUUGGUGUAGACGAAGUUGAAGGUUUCCAUAAACAUGAGGAUGCAGGAGAGGGUGUGGCCAGGGUUCUCUCCGCCCAGGCAGGAGUGGGCGGGGAUGAGGAGGAGGAGCAGUUGGGAGAUAUCCUUGUUCUUCCAGUACAUAGGGAGGGUAUCCCCCUGACAGAAGAGGAGGAGAAGGAACGAGUAGAACUGAUCUCCAAGGUCCGCCUGGUUCAGCUCCGAGCUAAGGAACUCCUCCAGGUCUGGAACCUGCUCCAGGAGGUAUUUAAGAUACCGAAGAAGGAGCGACAUAAGCUCCGGGUGGAACAUGAACGUGAGGCGGAUCGGCAUUUUAGCCAGGGCUUCCACAAUCAGCAUGCAUUAGGCAGGGGCUACACAGAGCACAGGGGGAUUCAGGAGAUAUCUAGAAAUCAAACAUUUACCCCUGACAGGGGAUCACAUUAUACCCCGGAACGGAGUUCUCAUUAUACCCCGGAGAGAGGUUCGGAGCGGGGAAACCGUGGCUCAUGGAACAGAUAUCAGCAGUCAGGAGGUCAUGAGAAAGGACGGAGCGGAGGAACGGUUGUGCCACGAGAGCGAAGAAAUCUUCGUUUAGAUGAUAAGACUGGGCGUCUUUGUUUAUUCGGACUUUCUCGUGAAGACCGGCGGACACUGUUCGAGGGAAAAAUCGCCGAAGAGAGUCGGCAGAAAACCCUUCGAACUGCUAUAGAGACCAGGCAUGCGCAGUGCUGUCGUCUCCUUGGACUAAACCCGGGCACUACACCGUUGUUUGACUCCUACCCUGACUACUACCUAGUAGGAGAUCGAUGGUUACCAAUGCCUUCUGCUCCAGAGGAUUUAACCUUACCCUGGGUUGUGCCAAACAUGGCUUGUUUACCAUACGAUGCUUAUAGACCUGAAGAUCCUAAGUUUACGAACCCCCGGGAUAUUUAUCCUCCUGGAGUCUGUCCUCAGGAGCCUCCUCCUAAACCCCGUAUCAUUAAAGUCCCCGGAGCACAGUCUACUGAUCUAGAAGUAAUGCUUUACUAUGAAGAAAUGUACAAGAAAGCUCCAAAAUCCCCGCCUUCAUCUCCCUCCGCCGAGCGCGCAGUAAGUCCUAAAUCCACCAAGAAAGUAAUCCCUCCCUACCCAGGUCACGUGAUUUAUUCCGCCCCGGAUACCAUUAUUUUUGAUCCUGAGACAUUAAGAGCUCCGCCUCUUCCUCCUGCCCCCCUUCUCCCACCCACUCUACCCGUCCCAGACUUCAGCGUUAAACCUGAACCUUCUCCAGGACCAGGGCAGGUUCAACCUUCUCCUAGACCUCGGGAUAUCCAACCCUCUCCUAGACAUAGAGAUAUACCUCCCUCUACUCCCUGCUCUCCUCUACUCCAACGCGACCCAUUGCUCCAGGAUGAAGAUACUCCCCGUAGCUCGAGGAAGGAUGGAGCAGAACGGAGAACUAGUAUGGAGGCUAGGAUACUGGAGAAAAUGAAGAUUCAAUUGAACCUGAAUAAAUCUGAUCUUGAACUCUCUCCAGACUAUAGAUCUCCAUCACCAGUCCAAUAUAAUGAUAAACGUUCAUUGACUUCAAAUAUUCGCUCUGUCAGUCCGCCUUCACACCUUGUAUCUCCGCCUUCAAACGUACUGCGCCCUGUGUCUCCGCCAACCAUGCAUCAGUCAACUCCCUCCCGGCCUCACACGGCGGAGAGCCAAGAACCAGUUCGCACGCCACGGCGGGUUCCGCCGAAAACCAUAGAUUUUCUCAAUUCCGUCCCGGAUACUGAAAUUCCGUUUCCCAAGGAGCGUCAGAAUGAAUUGGAAAUUUGUGACGCGUCCCGCCUUCUUUAUGACGAAGAUUCUACAUUCAGCAGUCCCGCGGCCGGAUCGCGAACAAGGAGUCCAGUUCGCGGUAUUUCUAGUUUAAAUGUUGGCGGAGAGACGGCGAGUAUUGUUAUUCGUCUUCCUAAACGAUGGAAGGUUUGCACUGAUGGUGAGGGGCGUGUCUACUACUACCACGAGGAGGAGAGGGUGGCACAAUGGGAACCUCCCACUCCAGAGCAGGAGGUAGAGGAGGGACAAGAAUAUAAUCAAUAUCAAGAAACUAGCGGAAUAGAGGAGAAAAUGGAGGAGGUGGGAAUAGAAACCAAUUCUACAGAUGAAGAGGAGGAUGAAGAGGAAUCUGAUGAAGAAUAGGGAAAGGAGGAAGGAGAGGAAGGAGAUGAAGGGGUGGAGGAUGUUUUAAUAAAUCAGGAUCAAGAUCUUUCAGCAAGUGAGA